AACUUUUUUUAAAAAUAAAAUAAAAUUAGAUAAGCUUGGAAAAUGGCAUUGUUCCGUGUGAAUGUCAGGCGUUGGAUUUUAACCUAUGCUAUCCUUUACGUUUGUGUAUUCGGGAAAAACUUUGGAAAUGCUGAUGAGGAUGAGUCAGAGGCACAGACAGGUGGUGGUGGAUUCGGGGUUGUGGGGGGUGGUUUUGGCGGUGCUGGGGCCGGAGUUGGCAGUGGUGGUGGGUUCGGAGCCGGUGGUGGUACUGGUGGUUUUGGAGCCGGUGGUGGUGGGUAUGGUAGUGGUGACCCAGCUCAAAUUGUCUCCAAAGCCUUGCUCUGUUUCAAUGAUAAAAAUAUUUAUCGAAGCUGUGAAGAGACGUGUAGAUUGAACGAGAAUGGAAACCUGAACGUGCCCGCAGAGAAAACUGAUACAUUCUGCGAAGGACCAUGUCUCUCGGAGACAAACUUGGUCCUCAAUUGCCUGGACAACGUUUUCAGCAACUUCAUAUUUUACAACAGGGCAACCAUACAAGACAUCAGAGAAACAAUUGAAGCAGGAUGUGGCUAUGGCCCUCAAAGAGGAAACUUCAAUGUGGCUGAGCACAUUCAGAGAGAAGAAAGCAAAGCCCCAAAGGCUACUAGCCAUGUUGCAAUGGGACUUGCUAUUAUCGUAAUGAGACGCGCUCUAAUGCCUCUGAAUUUUACAUGAUAUUACGUUGAUAAGAAUUAUUUAUGCUUGUCAUCAGUUUGAUGUGUACUUAAUUACUGAUAUGUAGCUGCUUAUAGAAGGGGAAAAUAUUUUAGGUUAUGGUCGUUGUAUUAUACUGUAUUUUCCCUUCGCUGUAUAAGUUAUAGAUGUGUACAUGUGGAACACAUUACGAUAAAUAAAUUUUGUAGUAUAUGGGCAUAUAUUAUACGUCAGUUUUAGUUUAAUUAGUUA